AUGUACGCAAAGACGGCUGAUGAAACCGCGCUAUGCACAUUCACACCCCCACCCGCAGCGGUGCGACGGCCAGGCGGCGCCGCCGCCGCGUACCAGGUCCCCUUCACAGCGAACCAUGCGUUGCUGCUGUCCCUCGCCGCCGCGUGGGCCGCGACCGCCCUGCUCGGCCUGCUGCCGCCCGCGUCGCUCGCCCUGGACCGCGCGCGGCCUUGGACGGUGCUGUCCGACGCGUGGCUCAGCCCCGGGGUCGACCUCCUGGCGCGGAACCUGUUUUUUGGGUACGUCUUCGGACGCGUGGUGGACAACGUGGAGGGUGGCCAGGGGCUGUGGCUGUCAUACGUCCUUUCGGCGGCAGGCGGCGCCGCCGCCGCUUUCCUGCUUUUGCCGCGCCGCGCCCCCAUUGCGGGCUCCGCCAUGAACGGGGCCCUCUUCGGCCUCUUUGGCAUGGCCACCCUCUUCAACGCCGCGAAGUCGUGGCACUGGCACCGCUGGUUCGAGCUCGUCGCGCUGCUGCCGUUCGUCGCGCUGCAGCUGACGUCGUCGCAGGCGGGGCUCGCGCAGUGGUGCGUGCUGCGCGGCGUGCGGCUCGGCGGCUGGGUGCCGCUGAUCGGGGGCCUGGCGGGAGCGGCGGUCUCGGCGGGGAUCUUGGCGCUUGGGCGGGUCGUGGCGGCCGGCAUUCAGCAGCAGCAGGCCGCCGCGGCCGCGGCCCAGCAGCAGCAGGCGGGAGCCGAGGGGUCGGGGGCGCCGCAGCAGCAGGAGCCGCUGACCGCGUUGCUGAGCAGGGCAGCUGCGCUGGUGCUCAAGCGGCUCGUGUGA